AUGGCGCCUGCUGCGCCGGAGGUACGGAGGAGGCCCGUGCCUGGGCGGGGAGGGGUGGCGCCCUCAGCCUUGGCUCUCACGGAAGAGGAGGCCCGCGUGCGGGCUAUCGCGGAGAUCGUGGCCGCCAUGUCGGAGCGCUCACGCGGCGGGGAGGACGUCGACCUCAAUGCCCUGAAGUCAGCUGCCUGCCGCAAGUACGGCCUCGCGCGGGCCCCCAAGCUCGUGGAGAUGAUAGCGGCCGUUCCGGAGGCGGACCGGGCGUCACUACUGCCCAAGCUUCGGGCGAAGCCCGUGCGCACCGCGUCCGGGAUCGCCGUGGUGGCCGUGAUGUCGAAGCCCCACCGGUGCCCCCACAUCGCGACCACCGGGAACAUCUGUGUCUACUGCCCCGGCGGCCCGGACUCGGAUUUCGAGUACAGCACGCAGUCCUACACGGGCUACGAGCCCACAAGCAUGAGGGCUAUUCGGGCUAGGUAAGGAGCAUUUUUAGAAGAAUUUCCCAGAUAUAUAUAUUUUUUAGUUAGCUUUAAUAAUUUUAGCUUUUUAUUGUAGAUGCUACUAUUUUCGGGCUCAUUUUGUGUUCUUCGUUUUCCACUGGAUGUCUUUGUUCUGUAAUUUACAUGUACUCAUGCAUCUGGUUUCUGCUUUGGGUUAAACAGACUGCGUUCAGUCUUAACAGAAUUCUUUUUUUACGAGUCAUUUUGUGGUUAACCAUGUGUUGACACUGGCUUUGUGUUCUUUAACUUAACGGUUGCAGAUACAACCCAUACGUCCAAGCAAGAAGUCGAAUAGAUCAAUUGAAGCGGCUAGGCCACAGUGUAGAUAAGGUUUCUUUUUUAUUAUUCAGUGGAAUCAAUUUAAGCUAGUUGGAAGUCAUCCUUGUUACAAAUACCAAGGCUUUUGCAGGUUGAGUUCAUUUUAAUGGGCGGCACAUUCAUGUCAUUGCCACUUGAGUAUCGUGAUUAUUUUAUACGGAACCUUCAUGAUGCUCUAUCAGGGCACACUUCCGUCAAUGUUGAGGAAGCUGUCUGUUAUUCUGAGCAUAGCGCGGUAAAAUGUAUUGGCAUGACAAUUGAAACGUGAGUGAUUUCUUUUGUCUUGAACUGACAAAGCUAUUGUUUCCAAAAGUUAUAUGUAGAUGAGAAGAUUUUUGAUUCCUUUAUUCAAGAAACAGUAAUUAUUCUACCCUCCGUUUCAUAUGUUGAUUUCGUCAAUCAGGAGGCCUGAUUAUUGCCUUGGGCCACAUUUACGCCAAAUGCUGUCUUAUGGCUGUACACGAUUGGAAAUAGGAGUUCAAAGCACAUAUGAAGAUGUUGCCCGUGACACAAAUAGAGGGCACACAGUAGCUGCUGUGGCUGAUUGUUUUUGCUUGGCGAAGGAUGCUGGUUUCAAGGUGAUAUAUUUUAUUCUUAUCAAUUUUAUUGUCUUUUCCGCAGUUUUCAAUGAGCUUGCGGCCAAUUUUUAGAUACCUCUUCGAUUUGGUUACCUACCUCCACAUUUGCAGAAAAUAGUACGCUCUAAAGGAAUGCUGAGAAGACCAUCGAGAGAAUCUCAGUGAGAGCGUGUGUAUAAGUUCUUGGGACAAUGGGUCUCCAUGAUUGGAUCAUUUAGAGGCCCAAGACGUUCCAUGAAAUUUGCGUCAUCAAAAUCAAAUUACUAUUUUCAACCACAGGCAUUAAAAGUUGAUUGUGUGCACUACCAGAAACAUAUGGACAAUAUGUGGGUCUGUCUUUGCUUUAUGCGGUCUGAAAUAGAGGAACUAAUUACGGCACCAUAUGCUUGAUGAAUGCACGGUUCAUUCAUGAUGAUGUACUAUGUGGGUGGAGAAAACACAUCUCAGGAAGAAAUAUCAAGGCUGCAAUCCAUCUCUGAAUAAUGAUUAAUCAGCCAUGGCAGGGUAUUGAUCAAUGCAUCGGAUGUGAUGAGACAUGCAAUUGCCUACCUAGUCAAUGCUAGCAAUGGAUACUUGUUGUAGAAGCAAAAAAUACUUCAUUUGAGUGUCGAUAGUUACAAAAUAAAUAAAAGAGAAUAAAAUAAAAAUAUACGCAUGAAACCAAAAUUUCUUUACUAUUUCCAUUUAUGUUACUAAGCACAAUGGGAGAUAAAUUGUUGUGUCUUUGGAUCCUAGCUUGAUGUCAUGUUUAUACUGUAUCCAUUGUAAUCAUUGCUCGCAGAAAACUUUUGAAUUUCGUCUUUAUUAAAUUCAUGAUCAUGAUCAUCGUGGGUGGAUGACUUGGAUGCCUUAUUGUCAAUCUUUGCUGUUGUAAUAUAAUUUGAUUUGUGAGCAUUAUCCUUUGUUUAUAAUUUGGUUUAGAUUCCUUGUUUCCUUGUUAAUUUAGUUGAAGUGGUUCCAGGUUGUUGCACACAUGAUGCCUGAUCUUCCAAAUGUUGGUGUUGAGAGAGAUUUGGAAAGUUUUCGAGAAUUCUUUGAGAGCCCAUCCUUUAGAGCAGAUGGUCUAAAAAUUUAUCCAACACUCGUCAUUCGGGGAACUGGACUUUAUGAGCUCUGGAAAACUGGCAGGUUGAGUUUCAUUCAGUUCAUAGUUUCUCUCUACUUUUCUUAGAACUGGUACUCUGAAUUUCUGUACCCUAGGUAUGGUUCCGUAUGCCUUCACUUUUAUUUUCUGUCAUGGCUUUUGCGCAUUUCGUAUGCUUCAUUUUGGACCUUGGGCAAAGUUAUUUUGUUGUCUUCUAGAGAUUCACCCGUGAGGUUAAUUGAGCUGUCAAUCAUCUUCUCACAAAAAAUCUUGUUGUUCUCACUGAGGUCUAGCUUGACAUGGCGAUUCUGGUGGCUGCUAACAUUUCUUUAUUUAUUCCCUACUCAGGUACAAAAACUAUCCACCAGAUCUCCUGGUUGACAUUGUUGCAAGGAUCCUUUCCUUGGUUCCUCCUUGGACACGUGUUUAUAGAGUUCAAAGGGACAUUCCUAUGCCACUGGUCACAUCUGGAGUAGAAAAAGGUAAUCUUCGUGAGCUUGCUUUGGCUCGAAUGGAGGAUUUAGGAUUGAAAUGUCGUGAUGUUAGGACACGUGAAGCUGGGAUCCAGGUAAAACCAUCUGUAGUUUCCUUUGGUUUAUGGAAUCAAUUUGUUUUCAGCGGUCAGGGAUCAAUUAUUUAUUCUUUUAUCUUACCGGAGUAGAAUCAUUUAUAGGACAUCCACCAUAAAAUAAAGCCAGAAGAAGUAGAGCUUGUUCGCCGUGAUUAUACAGCUAAUGAAGGCUGGGAAACUUUUCUCUCCUAUGAGGAUACAAGACAGGUACCCCUCCCCUCCCCCCCCCCCUCUUGUGGCAUUACUCAAAAUGCUAUAUCGAUAAAUUAUUUGUAGUUACUUAUUAUGGUGUAUUCGGAAUGGCUAUGAUAUGAUAGUUCAUAACUGAAGCCAGGUUAAAGUCCAAGUCACUAAAAGCUCGAUGCUGGACUUCCUGUCUCAGCAUCGAAUUACUUUGAAGAACUGUUGUGCCCUUGUUUGUUCUUGUUUAUCUGUUAUUAUAUAUGGAAAUAGGCAAAAAACGGUAUACAAUCAAGGAUGAAGGGGCUUUAAUGAUGAAACUUAUUUAAUACAAUAAAUUUGUCUUAUUGCCCCCUCCACUUCCAUUUAGCCUGACUAGGGCUUGCAGUAAAAAGAGGAAAGGAGACCAUUGGAUGAUGACUCAGAGAGAAGAUGUAAAUGAAAAAGGGGAAGGAAAAAUGAAACAAUACUAUUAUGUAUAGUAAGAACCAUGUUAAGUUGCAAGGUUCCUUUUUAGUUGUUGUUGUUGUUGUUGAUUUCAUCACAACCUGCUACUCAGGAUAUUCUCGUCGGCUUGCUACGCCUGAGGAAAUGUGGGCGUAACGUGACUUGCCCUGAAUUAGUUGGGAGGUGCUCGAUCGUUCGUGAGCUCCAUGUCUAUGGGACUGCAGUACCCGUGCAUGGCCGUGAUGCCAACAAGCUGCAGCAUCAGGUAAGCAUCAGCAUGCCGUUCUCAUUCCCUUUCUCUCGGAUGAAUUAAUACUUAUUUAUCAUCUGGCUUCCAUCGUGUUUUCUCUGGAAUUGAUAUGGCCCAAGCCUAAAAGCCCCAAAGCCCCAACUGUCCUAUAGCUUACCUCUUUUAGAGAAAUCAGCUGAUUGCUACUAUUACUUUUCUGCCUUUGGUUUCAUCUGUUGAACUGUUUAUAAAUUACCCUUAUGCUCUCUGGGACAAGCAAUCCAGUUGCAGUAGCCCAACUAGAGGAAGGCGAACUAUACGGUCUUAAUCUUGAUCAUCUUGUGUGAGGGAUUUAUUAUCAUCACUUUGGCAGUCAUCUUGUGUGAGGCAUUGAGAAGCAUAAUGAUGCAUCUGUCUUAAGAGUAUGGAGUAUCAAGCAGGAUUUGAGACUUUCUUAUGCGAACUAUAUGGUUGCGAGUGCAAGGAGGCCUUGAAUUGCAGUCAUUUGCCAUUUAUUCUCCACACUCUCUGAGAUUUGGUGGACAGCCUUUGGUCUCUUCAUUGGCAUUCAUUCACCUCUCCCGGUCACUCUGGACUCAGGAAGAAUAAUGUGUUUAGUCUGGGUGUUUGCUUAUGUGUUCAGGGCUAUGGGACUCUUCUCAUGGAGGAAGCGGAGCGAAUCGCCAGAAGGGAGCACAGAUCAGCGAAAAUAGCCGUCAUAUCUGGAGUAGGCACUCGCCACUAUUACAGAAAGCUCGGGUAUGAACUCGAAGGCCCCUUCAUGGUUAAGUGCUUGGCGUAG